AAAGUUAUUUACAUUUUUUCUUUGUUUGGGGGGGUUUAAGCAUAGUUUGUUUGAUAGUCAUGAACGUAACAAAGGAGGAUAUGGUUGUUUAAGUCUAACAGAGAUCAUUUUGUAUUACAUUUCUGCCUCCGUACUCUAUCCACCAUGUUUUUUUCCCUUCUCACUGUAACAGUAAUAUCCUCGAGUUUCAUGAAAGCUUUUUUGGUUCAGAGCACACACAAACAGUUAAACUAGAGGGGGAGAGUUCUGACAGAGGUUAUUGUCCUCGGCUCAGCAGGGAAUUUCAGACAAAUCCCUCUUAGAUGCAGGUGGUCGGGCACAAGCAAAGAGUUAAGUCCAGCGGUCCCAUUGCCCCUCCUCUUUGAUGUUCUGACAUCAUUUGUCCAGCCCCCCGAAAGAUCUCCUUACUUUCCUCAGAGCGCGUCACUUCUACUCUGGAAUGUUUACAGGAACUUCAUGAGCAGCAUCAGGACCAAGUUUUUAUCAGAGGAAAAAGGGCAUGCUGUGAAGAAAUUUUGGGUUCAAGGAUCACAGUGGAUGCCACAGGUGUAGCUGCUGGGCUCAACAGAGUAAUGGCUGUUCAGACUGCAAUCAUGAACCCUCAGUUCAUGAAUUUCUGCUUCCCUGGCUCUGUGAUGGAGUAUGAUGUGGAAAAAAGUCUUGAUGGAAGUCUCCUGGGUGAGACAGAAAAUGAUGAGGACUACAAAGAGACGACGAGGGAUUUGUUGAGUUUCAUAGACUCAGCCUCCAGCAAUAUCAAGCUAGCUCUGGACAAGCCAGUGAAAUCUAAAAGGAAAGUCAACCACCGGAAGUAUCUGCAAAAGCAGAUCAAAAGGUGCACUGGCAUUAUAACACCAGGAAAUGCUGCAGAGGCCCCAGUAAAAAGACAGGGUUCUCCACUGACUCAGCCAAGCACUUUGCAGAGCAAAACUCUACCUAAGCGUGAUGGUGUUCAGGCCAACUUGCAGAGCAAAAGCUUGGCAGCUCUCUUCAGCCCUGUGAAGGAUAUAAGGGGUGAAAAACCCAAGAAACCACCGCUGAGGCAUCGCAACCUGCCCCCUUCUUUCUUUACCGAGCCUGCUAAUUGCUCCAAAGUCAGUUCAACAUCUGGAAUGACGCUGAAGGACUUGGAGCGAGGCAAUCCAGAGGCUACAGAGUUCUUUGAGCUCUUGGGGCCCGAUUACUGCAACAUGGUCAGCGAUCAGGAUAUUUAUCAAGGCAUGCCUCUCCGGGUGCAGCCAGAGUUGGGAGGGCCAGAUCCAGCUUCCUACGAUACUCAUCAUUUAGUUGGUGGCCUCCUCUACUCGGAACCCUGGACUAGCUGCUCAGGACCCUCUAAAAAAGUAGGGGAGAGUAUGCGUACAGGCCCAGCCCAGCCUCCUGUCUACUGUCAGUCUGAGGGUGCUACGGGGCCCAUAGAAGACAAUGCGCUGUGCACUUUAGCCUUUCCAAACUUCUUCGCAGACUGCCCCAUACCUCAGGUCACCUACGAUUUAACUGGUGGUUAUAACAGGGCUAAUUAUUCAUCUCUAUGAGAGGCUGACAAUUCUUUUGGCUUAUAAUAUGCAGAUAAUUAUGUUUAACAGUAGUUUAUCAUAUCAGGUUUGUUGUGAAAGCAGUGUUGCAACUGGAAAACAUGUAGUAUCAUCCCUACUCAACAAAGUGUGUCAUGCAUUUACUUCCGGAAAAAAAAGUAACUGGAUACCAAGUGCUUCUUCCACUCAUAGUUUUUCCACUUGUGAUAAAAAGCUUCACACAUGUAUAUGAUUGCGUCUCUCUCAGGCAAUUUAUAUUGCAAUCGAUGAAAAUGCAUUUGAUUCUGGCUAUGCUGUUGCUUUAGUUAAGUUGUCCACUUGAGAAUGUGCAAAUCAGACUACAGAUUAUAACAUUUAUAUAUUUUACAAAAAUAAUCACACAAGCAGCACAAAUACUUGUUGGUUUAGUCCACAAAGCAUCUCUUUUUGUUUUUUUUUUUAUAUAUCAUAGGACUGUUUGACAAAACAAAUGGAGCACUUUUCCUGCUAGUAACAUUUCUGUGCAGCAACAUAAAAGGGACUACUAAUUUUAAUUUUAAUUUUCAAACAGUAAUGUCUGAUGCCGUGUUUGCUUGAUGAAGUUUUAUAGCUCUGAAGUUAUUUUCAGCUGGAAGAAUUUCACUUGUGCCCUUUUGUCUGUGGAAAAGCCUUUAAUGUAUCUAGCUAUUGUAAUAAGAGGAAAUAAAGCUGGCCUUUAUUACUGUGUCUGGUUGUGCUCAUUGUGGAAGGCGAGGUUUAAUUAUCAUGAAGAAAUGAGGAUACAAAGCAGAAAACGUCCAUGACUGAAGAUGUAUGUUUGUAAAAUAUAACAGAGUUAAUCUGUAUAAAAAUACACACACUUUGCUGCAUGGUGCAUUUUUACAAUUCUUCUGGGGCAGAUGCUUGGAAAAACUAUGUGCUACAUUUUGUUGACAGAAAAUAAUAAAACCUAUGAAAAGCUUCACUUUACCUUUGUGAUUUUGAAGUUAACACAAUUACAUUGAUUACUUUGCACUACCACUGCACUGGAACAUUAGGUGGAAAAAUAUCUAAAUAUUGUCAUUUUGCCCAUAUGUUUAGUUCAAGUUGACUGGCGAUUUAAUCUUGAAACCCUUUAAAGCAUAACCUUUGCACAGGAGGUCUC